UUGUCCAACAUUGACGUCAGUGUUUCCGGUAAUUGGCAGUGUCACGUGACCAGUUCCCGUGGCAACAGCUCAAUUGGCAUGGAGAUCGUGGUUCUGGAGACAUCUGCUGUGUACUGCUCGGCCGAGAGGAUCAGCACUAACAAGGGAGACUUCAGGUGGCUGAAGACAUUGGCUGGAUUCAUGGCCUUCCUUCCAUGUGCAGUACCCAGCUAUAGCUCCACCCCUCAGGAGAAGAGGGCGUGGCGCAGGUGUGACCGCACGGGCCAUUGGACAGAGCACGAUUACAACCAGUGUUCUUACGCCAGCGAGUUAACCCGCAGCCUACAUCAACUCACACAGAUACCAGUGAACGUUUCAAACGCUCUGACUUUAGCGCAGCAGAUCUCCUCUUUCACCAGCAGGGCGGCGCUCUUUGGAGACAUGAUGGAUGUCAUAUUUGUCACACACCUCGUUGAAAGAAUCACACGUCUGGUGGAUCAUCUCAGAGAGUUGAGCGAUCACGUGUUGGAUAUUGCCAGUAAUAUGAUGCGGGUGGAUGAACACGUCCUGUGGAUGGCUCAGAAGGAAGCUCGCGCCUGCACACGUAUCGUUCAGUGUGUGGAACGGCUCACUGAGUUCACGCUCAACACAAACACAUCGGUCAUGUCAAAGGUCUCUCCUAACAUUGCCCUAGAGGCUUUUAUGAUCCGACCGGCUGGUGUCAUGGGUUUAUUGUGCACUGUAGUUCAGCGCUCGCCUCUAUCGCCCCCUGUGUCUGACAGCGAGGGUACAGGUCGGAUCGGGUUAGAACAGAACACUCUGUUAAACUUCAGAUGUCACACGGUCAACGUCUCAGGAUCACCCAUGGCUCAGCUCAGUCAGAACACACUGGCCAUCGCCUCCAUUCAGUUGCCGCUGCCUGUGGAUAACUGCACCUGUAAACUGCAGCUCAUCGUCUUUCGCAAUGGAAAGCUCUUUCCGUGCACGGGCAAUUCGUCAAAUCUUGCGGAUGAUGGCAAGCGCAGAAGCGUUUCCACACCAGUUGCGUUCACCAAAUUAGAUGGGUGUAGCCCCGUGCAGCCCGUUACCGUCGCUCUCCGACACUUCUCGGUGGGUGUAGACCCCAUCGCAGCACACUGGGAUUUUGACCUGCUGGAUGGACACGGCGGCUGGAGGGCGGACGGGUGCCACAUAACGGGCUCCGGACACAACACGACCAGCGUCCGCUGCGCACAGCAGCACAGCAUCAUCGCCGUGCUCAUGGAUCUGAAGAAGGUGUUGUCCUUCCCUCCGUACCCUGGAGAUUACCUGCACCCGGUGGUGUACGCCUGCACGGCCGUCAUGCUCCUCUGUCUGUUCGCCUCCAUCAUCACCUACAUAGUGCACCACAGCACAAUCCGGAUCAGUCAGAAAGGAUGGCACAUACUCCUGAAUUUCUGCUUCCACGCGGCUCUGACAUUCUCUGUGUUUGCUGGAGGCAUCAACAGAAUCAAGUAUCCCAUCAUCUGCCAGGCCGUGGGUGUGGUGCUGCAUUACUCUUCUCUGUCCAGUAUGCUCUGGUUGGGUGCGACAGCAUGCAACAUUUACCAGCAGGUGACAAAAAAAGUGCAGCAGCCUCAGGACGGAGACGUUCCUCCCUCUCAGCCGGCAAGAUCACCCAUGCUGAGGUUGUAUUUCGUGAGUGGAGGAGUUCCCGUCAUCAUCUGUGGAAUCACAGCGGCCAUCAACAUUGAGAACUACGGCAGCGGAGAGCAGACACCAUUUUGUUGGAUGGCGUGGGAGCCCAGUCUGGGUGCGUUCUACGGCCCCGUCGCCUUCAUCGUCCUGGUGAUCUGCGUUUAUUUCCUCUGCACCUUCAUCCAGCUACGCAAACACCCCGAGAGAAAGUACGAGCUGAAGGCCGUUACUGAGGAACAGCAGCGAUUGGCCGACAUUCCACACUGUCACCACCAGGGGGAGCCGGACACCCCAGGAGAUGAUGGCGGGCGCUGUCACGGAGGCUGUCCUGGACUCAUUAACCCCUCGCUGUUAGCCAAUGAGCACUCCUUCAAAACCCAGCUGCGGAGCGCCGCCUUCACGCUCUUUCUGUUCACGGCCACGUGGACGUUCGGCGCUCUGGCCGUAUCGCAGGGUCACUUUCUGGAUAUGAUCUUCAGCUGUCUGUACGGGGCGUUUUCAGUCACGCUUGGCUUAUUCGUUCUCAUCCACCACUGCGCCAAACGCGACGACGUGUGGCACUGCUGGUGUGCCUGUUGCCCCGGGAGACAACCCAAGGCUUGCCAGGGUCAUGGACACGCCCACGGACGUCCCAAAGUCAACGUUAAUGGUGAAGCCCACAGUCACUGUUGUGCGGAUUCGGCGUGUCCGGGGAAAUCCAUUCUGAGCCGCUCGCGGUGCCGCGGUGCCGCCGGACUCUGUAAACAGAGCGGACAGAAUCACGUAACCUGCCUGACGCCGGUCUCUCCGUGCUGUGCCACCCUGCACACACAACAGCUGCUGGAGGACGAGGCCACGGCACACGUGCUGCUUCACGCCGACCCGGAGGGAUACCGGCAUGCCCUGCACCUCCAUCGCUGUCUGAAGCCGCCCAGGACUAAAGCCAGACACCAGGGCAGGGAGUUGUCCUUCCGUAUCCCUGCCAGCACUGACGGAGGCAGCGCUCGCAGCUCCCGCACCAACAGCCCGCACGAGCCCUGCCACCUGGUGCAUGAAGGGCACCGCGUUUGCCACCGCGAGGCUCCCAUUUGCCACGCCGCGCUGUGCCAUCACCACAUCUGCUGCGCCAAAGACGAGCUUCUGGGUCCGGCCCUUUGCCAGGCCGAGACCGGCGAGACCGGCGCCUUCCUCUGCAGCUGCGGGAAGAUGGCGGAGGAUGAUGCAGCGACGGCACGCAUAGAACUGCAUCCUCGCAGACAAUCCUUCCCUCAGAAUCUGCCCAACCAGAACGGCAUUCUGAAGGGAGGAGCGCACGAGGGACUUCUCUACCCCGCUGACACCACCGGGAAUAUACGCACCGGACCCUGGAGAAAUGAAACUACCGUGUAGUUUACUGCAAUGACUCUAGGAAUUCAAAAUGGAACUUUUCAAGCGAUUUUUAGCACCGUCACAACAGUUCAUGAGCUCUUCGAUGUACACGAUCUUAAGACAGUGUGAGCACGCGCUCGCUGGCCACGUGCACACUGGGCUACAGAUGGUGACGUGUCAGCUGACAUGAGAUCAGAAUCAUCAUUCUGGAGAUUCAUUUCAGUGGUGUGCACACGGCUGGUGUGUUUGUACACGUGUCAUUGCAGUUAAAAAACAUUGUCACAGCGUGUGUGUGUGUGUGUGUGUGUGAAGGAUGAGUGUAUGCACUCAUGUUUAUGUGCUGAAAAUAAGUAUUUCAAAGGAUUUUGCCAUAUAUUUAUUUUUAUAGGCGUAUUUCACGGUCCCACAAAUGUCCAAAUCAUUUUUACAUAGUGAAAGGAAACAUUCAGAAAAAAUCACCAGCAAUCUUAAUCAUCCGUGGCUGAACAUGAACUUCAUAUAUACUGUGAAACCAACUAGCCAAAACUUAGUAACGCACACGAAAAAGUCUUGCUUCUGUCUGACCUGCGUGUGAUGAAAACAAGCAAAACUCUGCUCUGAAAUCUAGCAAGCUGCCAACAUUUCUUCAUUGUUUCCCGAAUAAGACGAGGAAAAUGACUCAUGGAGUAACUCAUUAUGACACCAUUUAACUUUUCUCCAUUUUUAUUAUAAAGGGGUCAUAUGACACGGCUAAAAGGAAUAUUAUGGUUUGUUUUAGAUGUAAUGUAAUGUGUAAACAGGAUUUAAGGUUGAUAAACGCUGUAUUUUCCACACACCGUGCAUGUUUGUAUCUCCUCUUUGCUCCGCCUCUCUGAAACACGCAGAUUCUUUACAAAGCUCAUGGCUCUGAAAAGCGAGGUGUGCUGUGAUUGGCCAGUUCACCAGUGUGUAGUGAUUGGUGGAACACUGCAAGCGUGUGAGGGAAAUGUGACGCCUCUGACCAUAUUUGGAACAUCAGGUUCCUCUUCAGUUGUGCUGACAGGUACGCCCACCUUACUUGCGUCUACAUUUGGGCGGUCUCAGUCAAAUCAGACCACCAACUGAUGUAGAUUUGUGGGGGUGUGGCUACACGAGGUGUUUCAGGCAGGUCUGGGUGAGCAUUCGCUUUUACAUAGAAUGACUCUUUUGUUCCCACACUUUCAUUUCUGCAAUUAUACACGUCUAAUACAUGCAUGAGCGACUUAUAACACACCAAAGACACAGAAAAGCACGUGUUCGUGAUGUAUGACCCCUUUAAAACAUUAAAAUCCAAAUUAUUGAAAUAUUUAUUUCUAUUCAAUAUUGCACAUUGUUUGUUUGUUUGUUUUUAAAGCACAGUUUAUAUAACCGGGGUUGCCCAAAGUGCUGUACAAGCAAAUGACAUAAAAUGAGAACAGGAAUAGAAUCAAAACCAAACAAAUAGAAAUCAGACCAAAGGACACAAACAAUAAAGAGAGGGGACUUUAAAAAAGUUAAAGCUAAUUAAAAGCGCCAGAUAAUAAAUGAGCUUUCAGCAUAGAUUUAAAUUUUUGAAAUGGUCUGAGCACGAUCUCCCUAAAGUUAUUAUCAUAGUAAUGAAAGUGCACGUUCACUUAUACCACAGCGUGUGAUUUAAAUGCUUCUGUUGAGUUUUCCUUGGGCCGUUUCUUUAAUGAUGUUUUGUGUGUUGAGGCGGGAGACAGCGAGGCAGCUCACUAGAUUGUCAGAACAGAGCGGCAGUGUGUCUCUAGUUGUUCUGUUACAGAUGUGUGUUGUUUCUACCGUAUGGACAAUCAUCCUCAUCAUUGUGUUCACUGAUACUAGCAGGACAAAAUGAGAAUAAUGUGAUUGUGAUUCACUGUUGUAGAGAGACAGAUCUGUUUGACAUCACAUGCUGAUCCAGAAAAACUCGUCCUCGCUCAAUAAAACAACGGACUUUGACCACAAGACUUAACGUUUCAUCCAUCCAAAAUAACAUCACAGUAAUGAAUUUCACAAAAUGUCUGUCUCACAUUUCACCCCACAAUGAAAGAAAAUAUGAAAAUAUAUUUGGUUGCAUUGUGUCUUGAAGUUGAAGUAUUUACAGUGUAAUAGUGUCAUUUGUUUUACUUUGAGGUCAUUAAAAAGUAUAAAACCGUAUCGCAUUAAAUUUGAGUAUUUAUUAAAUACUGAUCACUAAUAUGUCACAAUGCAAAGAAUCUUUAUGGUCCUUAGAAAACAGACCAUAAUAAAACAAGUUCUUUGAUUACGGGGCAAAUGCGACCAGUACAUGUUUUUGUGAGAUUCAUCUGUAGCUUUCACUCUUAAAAAGGAUCCUGAAAGGUGUAUUUGUCGGACUUUAUGGUUGCGUGACUUUUUGUGACACAACAGGUUUCUUGUAAGUUUUAAAGUUUUAACAGACCUAAAAUUGGAAGAGAAAUGGUUCCUUGUUCUUCUGUGCCAUCACUGGGAAGAAAUCGUUUCAGCGUCUUUGUUUUGAAGAGUGUUUCUCAAUUUGACAUUUUCAGUAAACUCAGAUGGAAACGUUUCCUCUGGUGAAAAGCAGAAAGUCAAAGCGGAGCUGGACAGAAAUGAGACUUGAUUGUCAUCAUUUCUCUUGAGGGUCUCGUUCUGAUGAGACGUUGUGCUUUUGGAUCAUGUUAACGGUGACGCCCAUCAGCUGUUUGCUCACGGAUGUGUUCUCAUGCGCCACAGAUUAAGAUGAAUAAUAACGUGUGAAGAUAUUUAAACGAAGAGAUAUUGAAGAUGGGAGGUUUUUAUGAAGCCAGUUUAAUGCUCAGUAUCUGAGUUGAAGUGUUUUAUGUUUGUUUUAAUGCAUUUGUUUGUAUCUCUGGAUUUACACUGUGAGGUUUGUUGUCAUUGCUGGAGGAUGAAACAAUUAUAACUCACUUCUGGAUAAAUAUAUCCCAGUUCUUUAUUUUCUCUUCAUGACACACUUUUACGAGAAUCAUCAAGCCGAUUCAAUCUUUAUGUCAGAGAAGAGGAGAUGCUCUGUAACUGUAGAAUGUGAUGUGGGUGAGUAUAGAGUUUAUAACUCCAUCCAGUUCUAUUCUAAAGUCUGUUAGGAUUCAAGACGGAGUUUAUUUUUAAUGGGACGAUUCUGUAAUAUAUAUAUAUAUGCUUAUAAAUCAGAAUUCCACGCAGGUGUCUAAUUCAACUCGUGUUAAUGAUGAAUUCUUAUUUUUUAAAUGUGUGACUGUCCCUUUAAGACACUGUAAUACACAUCAGUGAGUUGAGUGGGUGGGUGUUUAUUCAGUACACUGUGCACACAGUCUGUGGGUGAUGUGUGUGAUGACAACAUGCACCUCUCUCUAUACAUCACCAUAAAUAAAUGUAUUUUUCCAGCAGAGAGUUCAGCAGCCGUUUGUGUGCGUGCGUGAGUCUCUGCGGGAGAUCAUGAUAAUGUUGCUAUCGGCUCACAGUGUGAUUUCUAUUGGUUUUAUGUCUGUAUCUUGUGCGUCAGACUCAAAUCAAGAUUCAAAGAAGCUUUAUUGGCAUGAUAAAACA